AUGUUGUUUCCUCUCCCUGACGAGACUUUAAAGGCAUGGGAGCGAUUCCGAACUACACAUAGACGAGUGAGGGAGGAGGUGACGUAUAGUUUAACAACCGAGGAAGAAGAUACCUCUUCAAGAAAGAAAAUGCCAAUUAAUGAUCUAGAUCGGCUUCUAGACUUUCUCCAGGAUGAAGUGGAAGGAGAAGAAAGAAUUUUGCUAGCUAUCCAAAGUUUUGAUCAAUUUAAAAAAUCAAACUUUUCCAACAACUAUAGAGAGUCUAACGAGAAGAAGUUUCAAACCAGAGUAUCAUCAGCAACUGACCUUUUGUCAUCUAAUCUCAAUAAGAGGAAGUUCUGCAUUUUUUGUACUGAGGGACAUAAUUUAUGGAACUGUAAAAAAACUUCUAAACUGAUUUUGAAUGAAAAACAAAGUGCUGUAGAGAAGGCCUAUUGUUGUUUCUUGUGUUUGAGAGAGGGACAUGGAGUGAAGAUGUGCUAUUCCAAGUUCAACUGCCAAUUAUGUGGGAAGAAACACCAUUUAAUGUUGUGUAGAACAUUGUCACCAGAACCCAAUUCUUCCUUUGUCCAUACAGAUGUUAAAGUUCGAGAAUCAGUGAUACAACACGAAGAAGCUCUGGCUAACUUGUCUAAAUCUUCCAAUGUUUUCCUACAAACUUUAACCAUUCUUGUGAGAGGAGAAACUACUAAAUGUAAAGCUCGAAUCAUCAUUGAUUCUGGAUCUCAGCGGUCGUAUAUUCUGAAAAAAACAGCUGAAGAAAUGAAUUACAAGGCCAAAAGGAGAGAGUAUUUACAACACGCACUGUUCGGUGGUUCCAAUGCAUCAACCUGCCAACAUGAUGCGUAUAUGAUAUAUUUGUCAAGUGUAUGA